GUCGCCGGAGCGCAGCAGACUUAUGGCGGCCGUCGUCCAUCACCGUCAACUCCACUAGAACCUGUUUUUUAUGUCCCUGCUGACCCGCUGGAGUGGUGCUAUGUCUUCGGGAAUGACUGGACAAACACCGUGCCUAAGCAGAUGGGAUCAGACGACAGUACCUAUUAUGAGUGUGGACGUGAGGCAGCAGAGAAGCAGUGAAAAUGCAGCCCAUCCAGUCUCAUUAUCUGGAGUCAUCGGCACCGCUGGUUCAACUACGACACUUUCCCAACAAAUGGGAGAAAAUCCUGCGCCUCAGGGAGGGGUUGAGAUGGCUGCAGCCAUGGCUGCUAAAAUAAAUGCCAUGUUAAUGGCAAAAGGAAAGCUGAUGACUCCUCCUCCGUUACUUACAAAGGUCACUCGAAAAGUGCCUGUGUCAACCACCACAGAAGAGAUGGUCGUCACAGAAGUCGACAUAAAUGAUGUACCGAUAAAUUGUCGGGACCUUCUUACUAAAGGCAAAACACAAGAGGAGAUCCGGAAGUGUAGUGGAGCAGUCGUCUCAACAAAAGGUCAUUUCAUGAGUGAUACUGAAAAGGGGCAUGGAGUAGGACACAGACCCUUGUAUUUGCAUGUCCAGGGAAGGACCCAAGAUAACGUUAAUAAGGCUGUGAUAAGGAUAAAAGAGAUCAUCUCUGAGGACCUGUUGAGAGCAUCAGCAUUAUCAGGAGGACGAACGGUGCCGGUAAUGCCUGCGCUCACACUCUACCCUCAGCCCCCCCGGCCUGUUAUCUCCUCUUCACCACGGAUGUCAAACGCCAACUCAGUGCCAGGACAUCGGCCUUCAGCUCCUUAUUCUGGGAGUUUUGUGCAUACAAAGAUCUUUGUGGGUCUGGAUCAGACGUUGCCUUCAUUUAAUGUGAAUGAAAAGGUUGAAGGUCCGGGAGGUUCGUACCUGAGUCACAUCCAGACAGAGACGGGGGCUCGAGUCUUCCUCCGGGGAAAAGGAUCUGGCUACAUUGAACAAGCAUCAAAACGAGAGUCUUUUGAGCCUCUUUAUGUUUACAUCAGUCACCCAAAUGCAACUGGAUUGGACUCAGCCAAGAAACUCACUGAAAGUCUUCUGGAAACUGUGAGAGAAGACCAUACACGACAGGUGUCGGUUUACACGGCCACAGGCUCAACACAACCAUACCCAGCACAUGGAUAUCCCCCUAAUAGCAAUUACUCUAGCCAAGGGUCCUGGUAUAACUACCCAGCAAAUGGGUAUGCUGGUGGCUAUUCAGCGUAUCCAGGAGACCGUGGUUAUUGGAGUAAUGCAAAUGGUCCACCAAGUCAUUCUAACAUGUCGACAAACCCUCCAUCUUCUCAGGCAAUGGUUCAGUAUCCGGUGUGUCCUAGGAAACCACAUCCCUAUCUCGUCCAGGGCCCUGGCAGCAGUGAGACAGUGGAGCCCGAAGAACCUUUAAAGACCCCUCCUGACUCGGAAAGUCCCAAACGUCAAUUCCAUGAGGCAGCUGAGGAGGAGCAGCCCACCAGCCGCCCUGUAGAGGGUCCUGCUCAUCAGGAGCCUGCACUUCCUGCCUCCAGUGCUCGAGAGGAAAAAGCUGUAGAAAGAAUUCUGAUGCCGCCGCCACCACCGCUCUUCGUGGCUCCCGCCCCCGUUGCACGCAAGAGGCCGAGAGAGACAGACGAUCAGGCCACUCUGCCCGGCAACACCGCGCCGAUGGGUGUUCAAGACGAUGUGUGCGAGAAGAAGUCAAAAGAGGACAAAGAUGCGUCUGGGCUUGUGCCCUAUGGAGGAGACUCCUCUGAUGAAGAGGAGGAGAGGACACACAGCAGUAAGAGCGAUAGAUCCUAACCCUUGCCCUUUCCCGUCCCCACAGUCCAGGAUACUCUCAGACUAACUCUACAGUCAGUAUGUCUCUGCAGUUCUCAAACCCAGACCCCAUUAAAGGAAAAAUCCACCUUUGUGUUAUCAUGCACUGUUUUAAGACUACACCAGUGUUUUUUCAUGAUUUACUGACUUAACAACCAAUUUUGGCUUGCUUUUUUCUUUUCUCUGUAAAAUAAGUUUUAUUUUCUUCCAUCCAAGCGGAUAACAGUUGUUCAUUCUUCUCUCUGCGGUAUUAAACCCAACUUGUUUGCAAUGUCUGGUGUGACUCUGACCGCAGACAUCAGUGUUGGGCCCAAUGACGACGCUUCAUGAGGUCAAAGCUAUUAAUAUGGCAAUGAUCAAGACUGUGCAAUCUUCAUUGGAGAUUGCUGAGAUGAUUCAUCACAGAUGCACGACACAAUCACCAAAAUAAUAUCAAAACAUAGCUUUUUGUUUUGACAAUAAGUUACUCCCUCCCUCACUUGGUGUUGUAGGCACGUUUUCUUGCGAAAAACCCACUUCUACCAUUUCAAAUGUUGACUGAUGAAUUUAUGGCUUCAGCUGAAAAUGUUUGCCUGAUGAUAAUGGACCCGACUUUCAAAGAAAGACACUGACUACAAUGCUACACAUGGAAAAGUGAACACAAACAUCGCUUUCAAAUAAAGGAAUGGAGUGGCUGACCCUGUGUUAUUCCACUUCAGUUUUAAAUUCCUUUUAUGCAGUUUGAAGAUACUUACAAAAACACUGAUGUUUCGUCUUUGAAUUGGCACCAACUUCUGAUGUUUGCUGCUUUCCUGGACUCUUAAGGGUUUUACUUUUCUUGUCCUGUUGUUUUUCCUUUGUGCACAUUUUGUUAAAUUUGUUUUCACCUAGCUUCUCAGAAUGCCUCUUUGAUCCCUCACACAUUUGGUGUGAGCCUGUUUUAGCCAAAGGUGUUUUUAAAUAUCCACCUACAUAGCAAAUGUAAAUAUAGAUGCCCUGUAAACUACAACGCUGUUAUUUGUGCAUUUUGUUUGUGGCCACAUGACAUAAAAUGCCACACAUUAAACACAUUUUGUGGCUUAAUGUCGUGUAGGACCUUGAGGAUGUGCUUUUAGAGAAUACAAAUCCCCUUUGUGUUCCUGUCUUGACGUUUUCUCCACCUCCAUUAAACAAAUGGGUCCAGAGAAGCACAUCAUCAGAAGCCAACAGUACCCAUGGUGGAUUUUUCCCUUUUUAAAUAUUAAACUUUAUUUUCUCUUAACACCUUCAUUUCUUAAAAUUUCUUUUCAAUGCAUCUUGUUAAUCAAACCAGCUCCUUAUUUCCUUAUUUUGGACACAUGGUCUGCUGCAGAGUUACUGAUGAUAUAAGAACAUAUUGUAAAAUUCAGUGAGACUUCUUUUCUUAUUUUGGAAAAUGGUGUUUGCCUGUUCCCAUGGAAUAUUAUAAUAAAAACAACUGAAAACCA